UAGCUUAUUCUGUGAACUUGUGUUCACUGCGUGCCACGUUGGCAGUUAGGUCGCUAGUGCUUCGCAGCGCUCGCAUAGUGUCCCAAGGAACGAGCGUGACUUCGGUUUUCGCAGCGGCGUCGCUAAACUACAACGACAACGACGAGGAGGAGCAGGAGGAAGAAAACGGCUCACCGGCGAAGAUGUGAAGAGUGUCGCACGACGACGUAGUCGUGGUGCGGCGGAAAGACGACACGAUCGGGCCGAGGCGGUUGUCGUCGAAUCUCGGCGUGUUCGAGGGUGGGGCGAAGAUCGAGUUAAUCGACGCUCGGCCGCACGAGGCUCACCGUUCUCAGGGUUUCGUGUGCGGACGGAACGCAGCGAGAUCGCGAGUGUCGUUCAGCGCCGGGACCAGUUGCGGCCACGAGGACGCGACGCUCGCCGUCGUUCACUUCGGCAGUGUGCGCCACUUCGAAUGGUAGCAGCCGGUGGCGGCUGGUGAUGAGAUAGACAAGGAGGAAGAACAAGAGGAAUAAAUAAAGAAAGAAAGAGCCGCGCGUGCACGUUUUUGCACAUCAUACAAUAAUAUAUAUAUAUCGGUAUAGUGUCAUAUAUAUAUAUAUACUGCGGAAAAAAAUCGACGUCAGUGAUGUCGUUGUCGGAGAUAAAUCUGAUGGAUUUGCUGGACGACGCAUUCCUCAAGGAUACCGUUAAGGAUGAGAUGCUCGUCGAUCACAUGUGUGACGACAUCAUCGCGACCGAAGAAUUCGCGGCGUCCAAUUCGGACGACCUAUUGGCCACGAUCAUGAAAUUGCAAGAGGAACAUCCGGAUUUCUUGAUCGAGAAGGAUCUGGAAGACACGAGUCCGUUCUCCUUAUCGGACAGCGGACUCUCCAGCGCGCAGAGUCUCUCCUAUGAACAACAAUUGAGCCCGCUCUUGUCGAUCAGUAACGAGGAUGAGCAGAUCGAGAUCAUCAACUCGAACCUGAACAGCCCGCAGGAUUUCAUAGACUUCGAGCCUGCGGUUAGUCCCGUCCAGUCUCUUGGCAGCAUGGACAGCCCAGUACGAUCCGUCAUGAGUUCCAAUAUCGGUUCACCAGUAACUGACGUGGCCGAGGAGGUGGACUAUGCGGGGCAAACGUUGGUCGCCGUUGUGACACCAAACAACAGUAUGCCGAACGCGAAUGCGAACGCAGCAAUCGUCGCGGAACAACCGGCUGUUGAGAUCGACCCGACACCUAAGCAGCAGACGCGCAUUGCGCCACAGGAGAAUACGAUAAACGUCCGCAAUUUGACAUGCAACGCCAAACGGAAUAUUCGACAAUUGAUACGUGUCACUCCAAUGGGUUCGGGCAAUCCGCGGUCUAUCCUGUUGCCAGUAACUCUGAAAGACAUGAAAGAAGUCCGAGCUAUUAAAAUUAUCAAUGCCACACAAGCGAGAAACCUGAAAGGCUUCAAAAUCAACCAGGCAAAUAUCAUCAAUAAACCUGUUCAGAUGACUAUCAAGCAAGAGGACUCCAGCAGCGAUAAGGGCUCCAACUCUAGCGAGGAGAUGUCGGAAACAGACUCGCCUUAUCCGCGGCUGAAGCUGAACGCUGAGGAGAAGCGAUUGUUGCAGAAGGAGGGCAUUACGUUGCCGAGCCAUUAUCCGCUGACGAAGCACGAAGAGCGUGAGCUGAAGAGGAUCAGGCGCAAGAUCCGCAACAAGAUAUCCGCACAGGACUCCCGUAAGAGGAAAAAGGAGUACGUGGACGGACUGGAGGACCGCGUGAAACAGUGCACGGAGGAGAACAUGACGUUGCUGAAGCGCAUCAAGGCGCUGCAGUCGCAGAAUCAGAGUCUUGCCGGCCAGCUGAAGAGACUACAGGCGCUCAUACAAAAAGGCAACAAGAGCGCCCAACCGGCGACCUGCCUGAUGGUCUUGCUGCUCUCGCUCGCCCUCGUUGUAGUACCGAAUCUGCGGCCGCACUCCAACAAUAACAACAACGACCUAACGCAGGAGCAAGAGCAACCGGAGAAAAUGCCAUUGGCGGGUCGCUCGAGGACCCUGCUGUACACGAAGCAGCAGCUGAUGGAUGAGGAGCUCCAGCAAUGCAACGAGGAGCCAAUGCAAGAGGUAGAGGGACUUCUGGAUCACGACUACGGUCCAGUGAUACAGAUGCCACUCUGCAAACGCGCCCGCCUCGAGAGUGAAACGGCGCCCAAAUACGUCUCUUCUGUGAACCACAUGGGAGGAACGCUUGGCUCCCAAUCGGAUAUCGUCUCAAAGGCGACCAGAAAGUACAUCGAGCCACCAUUGGACGACGUGUGGCCACCGCCGAAUCCGGGAGGGCAGAACACUGCCAGGGUCGUGGAUAAGCUCGAGGCACUCGCCAACGAGUUGAAGAUUAACAUCUCCGACGUUGAAGGUACCAGAACGGUCCUCGUCAAGGUGCCGCAAGAGAAAUAACGCGAAGUGAGCUCUACUCGGCGACUUUGGGCGCCGCGAUAGCUUUUGCUAAAGAAAAGAAACAAACCGAACUAGCACUUCGAUUCUUUAAAGCAUAAAUACAGAAGGAUCAGUGUUAAUAGUCGUCGUUACUUGAAACUUACUCUCACAAGUAAACCGUCGGAGGUGACCCUCACCGAUUUUGAUGGGCUUUGGAUAUGUUGUAGAGCAUGAAAAAAAUAAGAGACCCAUAUUUUUUUUAUCUGCUUCAGAGAAGGUUUAGGGGGUGAAACCAUCCCUCAAAAAUAAUAGCUUUUUUAAUUUUUGCUAAAUUAUUUUGCUAAAUAUUUGCGAAUAUUUGCUAAAUUAUGAGGUAUAUAAAACAAUGUUUUAUACAAAAGUUGUAUGGUAUUUUAUACUCUUCACGAGGGUAUAUUUCAAUUUUAUAAAAAUUGAAAAUUUAUAAUAUCCCCUCCCUUCUCUUAAACAUUUGCGAAUUUUUUUAUUUUUGUUAUAACAAAAGUUAUAGAACAUAAAAAGCCAAAUACAACUGUAUAUAAUGUUACGAUACGGUCUUUAAUAUUAAAAAGUAAAAACGUAUUAGAAGUUAAUAAUAUAUGCGCUGCGCUGUAGGUAGGUGUCGCGUUAUUUUGUUUCUUCAUAUUUUCUUACACCGUACUAAACAACUUCCUCUCAUAUUUUCUCAUAAUACUAUAUGUAAGUGUAUUAAUUAGAAUGCCGUAAACAAAGUUAUAUGAGGAUUCAUGAAUUAUGCUGCAUACAUAAGUACGGAAAUACAUUUGGCGUUGCUCUUUCCAAAAUUUUCUCUAAAAGAUGAAUAUAUUGACAAUAAAAUUUGUAUAAAUGAUUGAAUUGAAUAAUUGAUUUUAAAUAAUUGUUGAGUAAAAAUAGAACAGCAAUGGAUAUAAUACGCUGACAUUGAAGCAAAUUCUUUAUUCACGCAUGCGUGUGUACAAUAUGAAUAACACAAAGAUUACAUAUAAGUAAGGUACAUAUGUAACAUUUAUAGUAUAUAUUGGUCACAAAGAUGAUGUUCAUGAAAGAAAUGUGCCGCACAAAGUGAUUUUUUACACCAGAACAAAUUAAUUAAUUUCUUACAAGAACAAAUAAUUAUCGCAGUUUGGCCGCAAAUAUCACAUGUUAAUUUUGUAUUAGUUUGGAAACAGAAUUGUACAGGUGUCUGAAAUUCUAUCGGUUUAUUUUGUACAUACCCACUUUUAAACCAUACGUAUUUAAACAAAUUUUUAAAUUUUGGCGAUGAAAAUUGGUUAUGUUAAUGAUUGCAAUUUCAAAAUAUUAUUUCUAAUAGUAUGGAGAUCUAUUGCAAGAUCUAACAACAUAACCGUCAGAAAAAUGUUUAAUAAAAUUUUUCCACAGUUGGAAUCCGUAUACAUCCGUAUACAUCCUUAUAUAUCCCUAUACAUCUAAUGGUUGUAUUUCUCCCGUUGUGCCAGCCGGAAUACUUAAAAAUACAAUGUUUGUGGCGUAUUCUGUUCUAGUUUCUGCAAUUAUAUUAGGGCAAUGACCAGUCCAUGAAUCUAAUAAACUGAUUGUCCAACGUUCGGGAAAAACUUUUUUUAACCAAGUUUUUACAUGAAAUGAUGUUAAUUUACCAGAUUUUGAAGCCAUAGUAAAAAUGUUAGACGUUUUGAACAUGGUUUCUUGAAUUCUUGGACCAAAUGUUCCGCUAACUUCUUUUAAUACUAUGAAAAGAGGCGAUAACAAUUUAUCAUCGGCUGAAAUUGUGGGUUGUAUAAUGUAAUUAUGCGUUUAUACCUUUAUAUGUUAGAGUACGACUAGCAUGAAAUUCUGGUCCUUACGGACCAGAAAAUAUUUUAAUUUUGAUCAAAGCUGCAAAGCUAGAAUUUCAUGCUGGUCGUACUCUACAUAUAAAAAGUACAUAAAAAGUUGAAUCAGUUGUACAAUCUGUUUCAUCAAAGCAUAGUUACACUAUACAACCCACAAUUUCCGAUAGUGAAUUGUUAUCGCCUCUUUUCAUAGUAUUAACAUUUUUACUAUGACUUCAAAAUCUGGUAAAUUAACAUCGUUUCAUGUAAAAACUUAGUUAAAAGAAGUCUUUUUCUCGCACGUUGGACCACAAUCAGUUUUACUAUUAGAUUCAUGGACUGGUCAUUGUCCUAAUAUAAUUGCAGAACAGAAUAUGCUACAAACAUUAUAUUUUUAAGUAUUCCGGCUGGCACAACGGGACAAAUACAACCAUUAGAUGUAUACGGAUUCCAACUGUGGAAAAAUUUUAUUAAAUAUUUUUCUGACAUGGUUAUGUUGUUAGAUCUUGCAAUAGAUCUCCAUACUAGAAAUAAUAUUUUGAAAUUGCAAUCAUUAACACAUAACCAAUUUUCAUCACCAACUAAUACAAAAUUAACAUGUGAUAUUUGCGGCCAAACUGCGAUAAUUAUUUGUUCUUGAUGUAAGAAAUCACUUUGUGCGGCACAUUUUUUUCAUGAACAUUAUCUUUGCGCCCAAUAUGUACCAUAAAUGUUACAUAUGUACCUUAUAUGUAAUCUUUAAUUUAUUUACAUAUGUAUCUUAUGUGUAAUCUUUAAGUGUUAUUCAUAUUGUACGCACGCAUGCGUGAAUAAAGAAUUUGCUUCAUUGUCAGCGCAUUAUAUCUAUUACUGUUCAAUUUUUACUCAACAAUUAUUCAAAAUCAAUUAUUCUACACAAAUUUUUCACAAAUUUUAUUGUCAAUAUAUUCAUCUUUUAGAGAAAAUUUUGGAGAGGUAGCGACGCCAAAUGUAUUUCCGUACUUAUGCAGCAUACUUCAAGAAUUCUCAUACAACUUUGUAUAAUACCUUGUUUUGUUUAUAAUUAAUAUACUUACAUAUAGUAUUAUGAGAAAAUAUGCACAAGAGGAAGUUGUUUAGUAUGAUGUAAGAAAAUAUGAAGAAACAAAAUAACGCGACACCUGCCUACAGCGCAGCGCAUAUACCAUUAACUUCCAAUUAACUUCCAAUUUUUCUUUUUUAAUAUUGAAGACCAUAUCAUAACAUUAUAUAAUAACUCUUAUAUUGUUUGGUUAUAUUUACAUAAAAAGCCAAUUUUUUUGAUGCUCUACAACAUAUCCAAGGCCCAUCAAAAUCGGUGAGGGUCACCUCCGAUGGUUUACUUGUCAGACGAGAUAUCCAGAUUUGAGUUUAAGCUCGUAUCAAUAGUUGUCACUUGAAACUUUUCUUAUGCGAGAUACUCGGGGUUUUAUUCGGAGUUAGAUCCAGGUUUUACAGUUGAAUUAUGAUUUAUGUGACAUUUGUACUUGUAAUCGCGAUUCAACUGAAAAACUUUUCUCUAACUCUGGAUUUAAAUCUAAGGUCCGUGUUAAUAGUUAUUGAAGUAUUUUUCAGAUGAGAUAUUCAGAUUUUUAUUCGGAGUCAGAUCUAGUUUUUUCAGCUGAAUUACGAUAAGCGUAACAUUUAUAUCUGUAGUGCGAUUCAACAAAAAAUCUUUCAUUUAACUUUGAAUUGAAAUCUGAAUAUUUCACUUCAGAAAUGAGUUUCAUAUAAUGAUUAUUAGUACAAACCUCAGUAUCUCACUUGAGAAGAGUUUCAAUAAUAAUUACGUCGUUUAAUAAUAAUUACGUCGCUUGAAUUUAGUUAGAUGUAAGUUUUUCACCUGAAUUAAGAUUACAAAUGUGUGUAAUAUCGAAUAUAUUAUACGAUUCAAACAAAAAAUUCAAACUCAAUUCUAAAUUUAGAUCUGAGUAUCUCAGAUAGGAUAGCUUCAAAUAUAGCAACUAUUAAUACGAGCAAUAUACUUUAAAUAUUCGAGAUAACGCAUUUCCCGAUUGUUGUAAAACGACAAUCGAUGCUUAUCCGUAUUGCCUAUUACUUCGUAGCAUAACAAUUUAUUUGAUGUUAGGUUAUGAACUGGAAAGCGGCCUGAGAAUGUCCUUUCGUUUGUUAGGUGUGAUUGCUACACACACAAAUACACACAUAUAUAUACACGUAUAUAUACACACGUAUAUAUACACACAUACAUACACACAUAUAUAUAUAUAAAUAUGCAUAUGCGGCAUGUAUAGCUUGCGUAGAUAUUUUCCACGAGUUUUUAUGGAUUAGACGAUAUUGGAGAUUUACUUAUUUAUACGAAGAGACCAUAUACUUACCGAGAAAUCUAUGAUUGUAAGUGUUACCAGAUGUAAGAGAAUUUUUUGUAAAUAAUUAUAAAGUAGGUCUUAUAAAACACAAAGAGAGGAGAAGAGAAAGAGAAAGAAAAAUACACACACAUACACACACACACACACACACAUAUAUAUAUAUAUAUAUAAAAGUAAAUAUAUGUAAUGAUAUACAUAUAUAUAUACAAUGAGUGUAAAAAGUACAUCAGGCCUUUUUCAAGACAAUCUCUGGUGUAUGAAUACUUUUUACACUCACUGUAUAUAUAUAUAUAUAUAUAUAUCAUAGUAAGUAUAUAUCAACUCAAUAAAUGUAAUUAAUAUAGCUCUAUUAUAUUAUGAUGUCAAUAUGGCAGUAUGAAAAUAUAAGACAGACGAGAAUAAUUUUCGAUGAUUAAACUUGUGUCGAUAUAGAAAUAUAUUAAAUAAGAGUGCACGCACGAAUAAUCUCUAUAUGCAGGGUUUUCAGAAAAUCUAAAGUUAUAAAGUAAUAGCGUGUUGUUUAUGUAGCAGAAUAUCUAUAAAUUUGAGAUUUCUUUUUAUGUCGAGAGCUUAAUGAAUUGAAAAAGUUGACCCUUUUAUAAAAAUAUCGAGUUUACAGAACAUUAGUAACAUAUAAAUAAAUGUUACAUUGACUAUGCAAUCGAUUCAAAGCUUGAUCUGCAAUGUUAUCCAAUUUUCGAGUUCUUUUACAAAGAUAAAGGACUUCAAAAUAGAUUGUUAAUCAAAAAAAGUUUUCUUUAAUGAUUGAGUAUGAAAAAAAUUAUAUAGUAUUAUAUAUCUUUUUUUGUCUUAAAUACCAUGAGACUUUUUGUGUGAUAUUCAUGUCGCAUAAAAAUAAUGCUUGGAGUGUUAUGAUAGUGCAAUAAAUUUGACUUGUGCAAAUGGAAAAAAUCAUGCACAAUUAUUAAGAAAUAUUAAAAAAUUAUUUAGCAUUAUACUUUAACAAGGGAAAAAUACAAGAUAAGUAGUCACAUGGUAUAGUUUUCAUUUAAUUUAAAGACUAUCAUAUGAGAGAGAGGAACACAAUUAUACAUUUGAGACAAGUAUCAAUUGUUUUAUGCCUGCAUAUUUUUAUUUUCUUUUUUUUCUGUUAGAUUAAGUUAGGAUACAUCACGAAUUAUUUUUCACUUAUAUACAUGGCUAGCAAACCAUUAUAUAUAUAUAUAUAUGUUACAUCACAUGCACAUGAAAUUGUAAAUAAAAUAUGUUACUAAUACAGA